AUGCUGCCCGGGAAAGUCAAAUGGACCACGGGCAUUAGUUUCUUGGGACAGAUCGGUGCAAAGAGCCUGUUACGCGCUGCAGACACGACGAGUAAUUUUAGGAAGGGAUCGGGACGCCCCUUGCUUCCGCCACGCCGUCGGUUGACCAACGACAUUCCCCCGCUACUUACGCCGCCAACUCCGCGAAUAAAUACGAUCGAGUUGCCGUUGCUUUCGGUGAUCACCAUCUUCGCCAGUCUGGGUCUGUGGCUUUUGACAGGCGAACAUGACCGAGUGAAGGCGGAGUCAAUGAUAAGCAUGAAGGAGUUUAUGUACGACUACUUGCGCCGCGGCAAGGUGGAUCGAUUACAGGUCAUAGGCCAGGAUCAUGUGCGGGUGGUAUUAAAGGAUGAGCAGCCCUUCGACUUGAAUGGCUGCAUUGACGGCGUAGUGAAGGCGAUCGAGGUGCUGGGGGGCAAGGCGGCCGAUGCCCUUGGUAUGAAGCUUUCCUCUGGUGGCACCCGCGACGGGGAUGGUGGUCCUAAGGCGAGUGUGCGAGAACAAGGGGAGCGGCGGAAGAGCUUGCGCCGCGCGCUGUACGGACACUUGGUGCGACUGGUGAGGGCGGAAGACUUUGCGGAAGACAAGCGGUUCGUACGUUUCAAGGUGGGCGACUUGAAUCAGCUGGAGACGCUGUUGCGGUUGUAUACGAGUAAGAUCCCGCCGGUCUAUUACCUGGAUUGCAAGGACCGGAUCCAGACGUUACGGAACGUGUUACCUUCGGUGGCGUUGGCGGCCAUGUCCUUUGUGCGCGUGCGUCGGAGUCAGCCGGAGACGUUGGCGCGCCUCCACAGAGAUUAUUACGACCGAGCGAACGCACCCACUCAGACGCAGUUGCCAGAUAACUUGCUCAAGUUCGGGCAAGCGCAGCAUAAGCCUCCGGGUGAGGUGCCAAACGUACGUUUUAGUGACGUGGCAGGGUUGGAACAAGCCAAGUUGGAGGUGCAAGAGUUUGUGGACUUUCUAAAACACCCGGAGAAGUACACGAGUUUAGGAGCGCAGAUUCCCAAAGGCGCGUUGCUGGUGGGUCCGCCGGGUACGGGUAAGACCUUGUUAGCGCGGGCUAUUGCAGGUGAGGCAGGUGUGCCCUUUUACUCAACCUCGGGUUCGGACUUUAUUGAGAUGUUUGUGGGAGUUGGUGCUUCAAGGAUUCGUGACUUGUUUGCUAAGGCGCGCAAAAAUGCGCCAGCUAUUGUGUUUAUCGACGAGAUUGACACCAUCGGACGAGCGAGGGCUGGUGCGAAUCACUUGGGCAAUGGUGGCACGGAUGAGCGCGAGUCGACAUUGAACGCGUUGCUUGUUGAGCUGGACGGCUUUAGCGCAAAUGCGAACGUGAUUACGUUGGCAGGAACGAACCGUGGCGAUGUGCUGGAUCGGGCACUUACAAGGCCGGGACGUUUCGAUCGGCAGAUAGCGUUGGCUAAGCCGUCUAUCAAGGAGCGGUUGGCUAUUUUCGAGAUAUACUUGCGUCCACUCAAGUUGGAAGAUGGGAUGCGGGGUGUAGCGCAACGUCUGGCUGCUCUGACACCUGGGUUUUCGGGUGCGGAAAUCAAGAACGUCUGUAACGAGGGUGCGAUUUUGGCAGCACGUCGUGACGCAGACAGUGUGGCUCUAGGGGAUUUGGAACAGGCGGUGGAGAGGUUGGUGGGAGGAUUGCGACAUACUGGGGAUGUGCUGAGUCCGGAAUUACGUGCACAGGUCGCUUUACAUGAGGCUGGUCAUGCCGUGGCCGCCUGGUUUUUGCCUGAGGCAGAUCCGGUGUUGAAGCUGUCGGUAGUACCGCGAGCUAGCGGUGCACUGGGCUACACACAGACGCUCCCAGAUGACCUGCUUCUUUCUAAAAAGGAAACGCUUGAAGACAAAAUUUGCACACUCCUCGCUGGACGAGCCGCCGAACACCUUUUCUCACAAACCGUGACCACUGGAGCUUCCGAUGAUCUCGAACGCGCCACCAAGCUGUGCCAAGCCUACGUACAAGUCUUCGGCUUCGACCGAGUACUCGGAUUACGCUCGUACCAACAAAACGAACAAAGUUUACACACCACCUACUCUGACGCUACGGCCAAACAAAUCGACGACCGAGUUAGCCAACUCUUACGCUACCAGUGGACGCGCUGCCUGGACCUACUCACCAGCAAACAGCGAGAAGUGCGACAACUUGCUGACACUCUCCUAGAACAUGAAGUUAUUUCAUUCAAUGACAUGGUAAGAUACUUACGGGUGAUAAGAUACCCACGGGGAGAGGUGGGGGGUGAUAAGAUAUCCACGGGGAUGGGAUUUGACGGUUGUGGUUCUAGGUCGGCAUUCUGGGUCCAACGGGCAAGAAAGUGUCGCCGCAGACGCGUGAGUUUGUGGAGGCCUUGCCCUGUAGCUAGUUAG